CUUCAAACAGCUUUCACUUCCCCCCCUCACUUCGCUGACGCCUCGGUCAUCUGAUUGUUGCCCAGGUAUAAAUGGAGGAGACCCACGAGAAGAUCCGUGUUGUGCUCGGCACUGAGAUGGGCUGGAGCUGCUCCCUUCUGCUGCCGUUGCUACUGCUGCUGCCUGCAUGGCUGCCUUCUUGCUUGGCACUGCUACGGUACCAUUACGACUGUGGGGACUUUGGCAUGCAGCUGCUGGCAUUCCCCACACGUGGCCGCACCAUGCGCUUCAAGGUCCUGGAUGAGUUUGGCACCCGCUUUGAAGUGGCCAACUGCUCCAUCUGCCUGCACUGGCUCAACACUUUGGAGGAUGGUGGGCUUGUCUUCUCAGCUGGCUACAAGGGUUGCCACGUGUUGCUGAAGGGUGGCCGCUACGUGCUGCGGGUGCAGCUGGAGGAGAUGCUGCUCAGUGGGGUGGUGGCUGCCUCCUACGAGGUGAACAUGACGUGCCCACGGCCAGCUGGCUAUGAGGUCCUCAGAGAUGAAAACAUGCAUGGCCACCACCAGCCUGACCGGGGCAACAGUGCCCUGCCAAGUAACGGUGUCAAUGUCCUCAUCCCCCGGCCACGGCCCGGCCUCCUGCAGCACUUAGCCCAUUCUGCCCUGGCCAUCCCCCGCCCCCAGCUGCCCCCCAGAGCCCCCAUGGAGCAGAGUCAACCUGUGGCACACGCACAGCCCAUCCUGGAGCACCCAGAGCUGCAGCACCAGCCUCAGCCCAGCAUGGAGCAACCAAGACCCCAGCCCCACAACCAACCUAGGAUGAUCCAUGCUAGUGGUGAAACCCAGAUGGGUCUCCUUCAUCCCGGUCUUCAGUCCCAAAACCAGCCUGGGUUUGCGCAUGCUGGAAGUCAGAUCCAAACAGGGGUCCUUCGCCCAGGUCUUCAGUCCCAAAACCAGCAAGGAUUAGUGCGUGAAGGGAGUGAAACCCAACCAGGUGUCCUUCGUCCAGGUUUUCAGUCUUCAAACCAGCAUGGAUUAGCACACUCAGGGGGUCAAACCCAACUGGGUAUCCUUCGCCCAGGUCUUCAGUCCCAAAAUCAGCAUGGAUUAGUGCAUCCAGGGUAUCAAACCCAACCAGGUAUCCUUCGCCCAGGUCUUCAAUCCUCAAACCAGCAUGGAUUAGUGCACCCAGGGAGUGAAACCCAACCAGGUAUCCUUCGCCCAGGUCUUCAGUCCUCAAACCAGCAUGGAUUAGUGCACCCAGGGGGUCAAACCCGGCCGGGUGUCCUUCGUCCAGGUCCUCAGCUCCAGCACCAGCCUGGGCUGGUGCGUGCUGGCAGUCAAACUCAAGCAGGUCUUUUUCACUCAGGCCUCCAGCCCCCAAACCAGCCUAGCUUAGUGCAACCCGGGCUGCAGCCUGGCUUGAUGCACACCAGCACUCAUACACAGGCAGGGUUUGUCCGCCCAGGCCUCCAGCCCCAAAGCCAGCUGGGCUUGCUUCUCCCCAGCCUCCAGUCCCACGCCCAGGGCAGCCUCCUGCGCCCCAGCCUCCAGAGCCAAGCAGGGCUGCUGCAACCCAGCCAGCCCCGACCAGGGCUGCUCCGCCCAGGGCUGCCACCACGACCAGGGCUGGUGAGCCCAGGGCUGCAGUCCCAAGCCCAGCCUGGGCUGCUGCAUCCCACGGCUCUCUUCUACUCCUCAGCGGGGGCAGGUGAGCCUCUGACACGGGAGCAGUGCCAGGUAGCAGUGGGGAGGCUGUCCUGUGUGUCCCCGCCGGGCCGUGAUGCCUGCCUGCAGGCAGGCUGCUGCUUUGAUGACACAGACCGUGCGAUGCCCUGCUAUUACGGCAACACAGCCACUGUACAGUGCCUGCCUGAGGGCCAGUUCGUGCUGGUGGUGCCGCGGGGGCUGUCGGCGCAGCCCUACAACCUGGACAGCGUGCGCCUGGCCAGCACCCAGCCUGGCUGCCAGCCUGCCCAGACCUCUGACACCUUCGUCCUCUUCCACUUCCCUGUCACGCAGUGUGGCACCACUGUGCAGGUGAUCGAGGACCGGUUGGUGUACGAGAACCAGCUCAUCUCCACCAUUGAUGUCCAGCCAGGGCCCCAUGGCUCUGUCACCCGUGACAGUGUCUACAUCCUCCAUGCCCGCUGCAUUUACAAUGCCACUGAGCUGCUGCCGCUGAGCCUGGAGGUGGCUGUGCCCCCCACUGCUGCUCCUCUGGCACAGCCGGGGCCACUCCAGCUGCAGCUGCGCAUCGCCACUGAUGAGAGCUACAGCUCCUACCAUCCUGACACUGACUACCCGCUGGUGAAGGUGCUGCGGGACCCCAUCUAUGUGGAGGUGCGGCUGCUGCAGAAGACUGACCCAAAUCUGGUGCUGGUGCUGCACCAGUGCUGGGCAGCCCCCAGCACCAGCCCGGCAGCUGAGCCCCAGUGGCCCAUCCUGGUGGACGGGUGCCCCUUUGCUGGGGACAACUACAGGACACAGCUGGUGCCAGUGGGACCUGCCACACUGCAGCUGCCCUUCCCCAGCCACUACCAGCGCUUUGCUAUCUCCACCUUUGCCUUUGUGGACAACCCUUCUAUGGUGGUGCUGGAGGGAGAGGUGUACAUCCUGUGCAGUGCCUCAGUGUGCCACCUGUCCCAGCCCGAGCCCUGCCGGCCCUCCUGUCAAGUGGCCAUGCCUUCCCGGGCCCGACGAGCUGCAGGGGACAGGAAGACAGCAGACAUCUUGGGCACAGUCACCUCCUGGGGAUGCAUUGUCUUGCCAAAGGGUCCUGCAGUGGGGAGACCUUAAGCACGUGUUGCUGCCUCCUUGUUCCUCCUCCUGGUCAGGACAGAGCCCCAAUGCUCUGGUCCUGGUGGGGGCAAGCAGGAACAAUAAAUCAGCAAUUGGCAAAGA